UUCUUUCUAUUUAGCACCAACAACGUCUUCAACAGAUGAAUCAUAUUCUUAUGAUGAAGAUUAUUACACAGAUUAUGAUGAGCAAUUUAGAGAUCCACCUCCAUCUCCAAAUCAAAUGGAUAAUACGUUGGAGGACAAUAAUGCACCAAAACAAAAUAAUGAAGUUGUGGAGAAUAAGAAACCAGAACAAUCAAAACAUAAGGAGGUAGCGAGUAUGGGUCAUGCCGUAGAUGAGGAUGAGAGUUCAGGAGGUCACUUCAUGGCAUAUUUCCUUGUCUUUAUUGUACUCUCUAUUGCUGGCUAUAUUGUAUUCCAUAAUAAACAAAAGUUUAAGGGAAGAAGUCGGCAUAAUUAUAAGGAUAAUAUUUUUGCCAUUAUUAUAGAGGGUAAGUCUGGGAAAGGGGGUCGAAGACCUAACACUAAAGAUUACAAGCAGUUGAAGACCGAUGAUGUGAUGCCAUCACUCGAGAAAUCAGCGUACAGCAAGGACUAUGUUUUCUAACUUCCAUUGGCAGAAUAAACAAAAAUCUCCACAGAAAUCCAUCCUGAACAAUCAUUUCUCGUUUCUCAAACAGUUUUAUAUCAAGAAGACGUAAAAUAUUCUCAGUAUAUGAGCAUUCAUCACAUAUAGAGAUUUGUUGACCUGGUUUUUAUAUGUAUACGAUUUUAUACAAAUAGCACCUGUAUUAUUGGCUUUCAUGUAACCAGUAACAUUCAAGUAUCCAGUUUUCUGUAUAAAUUUGUGGGAAAGUUUCAAUUGGGACCUCUUAUAUAAUAGUAGUAAUAUACAAAUAGAUAUGCAUAUAUAUAAACAAAUAUGAAUAUAAUUGAUAAUGAUAUAAGGUUUCUUAACAUUCGUUUUAAACUUGCCAUUUAAAUGUCAUGUUAUAUAGUAGAUGUUUUUAUGAUGUUACUUCAUACCUUGUGCUGUUUAAUAGAAAGAUGUUCAGAUGAAGGAAAUUUAAAAUUAUGGUUUUUAGGUUUAUAUUGCCUGCACAGAUUGAUAAGAUAUGUUUUUUGUUACCAUUUAAUCUAUCACAUUGUACAAGCUAUCACUCUACAUGCAAUCUAUUUUAAGUGUGAUCAAUUUCCUGCAUUACGUGCUUUCAUUAAUAUUCAUUGUUUAGAAAACAGUCUUUACUUUUAGCAUACAAAGGACAGUAUUGUUUAAAAUUCUCAAUGUUGAUAAUUUAUUUUAUAGAAUAAAACAUACAAAUGGUGAAUAAUGAAUAGUGAAUAGGUACAGAAAAGUUAGUUCAGUGUGUUUAAAGUAUGUCAUUAUUGUUCUGCCCUUAAUAAGCAGGUUAAUGAUUAUUUUGUGCCAUUUCUUUCUACUAGAUUGUUAAACUGUACAGUAGAAGCAUUAAACUGUCAUUGGAGCAUAAUAUUAAAAGUAAAUAUUGUAUUGGCUGUUUCAUAUAUGCAAUCAUCUAGCUUUUUCAUUGUUUUUAGCAUUCUGUGAUAAAUUAUGAUCUUUGUUUAAUUCCAUAUUGUAUUCUGUAGAAUUAUAAAUAUUUAUAAGUCAAUUAUUUCACCUUUAACCUGCUGUAGUGAGGGACUCAACUGACGUUUUUUUUUGAUGCAAUAGGAUUGGAAAUAUUUGCAAUAUUCAUUUGAGGUUUAAUUUCUGUUUACUAUAACUUGAGUGCUAAAUUUCAGAUCUCACUCCUUAACCUCAGAAUGAUCAAUUUUACUGUGCAAAAUGACCAAAUAAAUAAAAAAAAUGAGCCACGUCAUGACAAAACCAACGUAAUGCGUUUGCGACCAGCAUGGAUCCAGACCAGCCUAAGCAUCCGCACAGUCUGAUCAGGAUCCAUGCUGUUGGCUUACAAAACCCUAUAACAAGUAGAGAAACUGAUAGCAAACAGCAAGGAUUCUGAACAGACUGUGCGGAUGCGUAGGCUUGUCUGGAUCCAUGCUGGUUGCAAACCAAUUAUGUUGGUUUUGUCGUGACACAGCUCAUAUGUUAAAAUGCUUUUAACUCGAAUCUUGCUAAGAAUUGCACUAAAUGUUGAUUUUCAAUUUAAUUCUUAUUACAUUUCUUUAUUACCUUUUGCAUGGCACUAAUUGGUCUAUGUAAAAAUGUCAUAUUUUAUAUUUUUAGCUCGACUAUUCGAUAAGAAUAAGUAGAGCUAUUGUAGUCACCCGAGCGUCGGCGUCGGCGAACCCACUUAUGUUAAAGUUUUUGUAAUAGUUCAAAUAUUUUCAAAGUCCAUUGACAUAUGGCUUUGAAACUUUGCACACUUGUUCACAAUCAUGACCCCAACCUGUAGACAGGAGGAGGUAACUCUAUCAAGCAUUUUUAUACGCCCGUUUGAAAAACGGGACGUAUUAUGGGAACGCCCCUGGCGGGCGGGCGGUCGGGCGGCGUCCAAUUUUGUCCGGAGCAUAUCUCCUACAUGUAUGGAGGGAUUUUAAUGAAACUUCAUAGAAAUGUUCACCACUAUGAGGAGCAGUGUCGCACACAUGAACCAGGUCUCUAGGUCAAAGGUCAAGGUCACACUUAGAGGUCAUUGAAAAAUGCUUGUCCGGAGCAAAACUUCCACAUGUAUAGAGGGAUUUCAAUAUUACUUGGCACAAAUGUUCACCAUUGUGAGGCGGAGUGUCGCGUGCAAGAUUCAGGUCCUUGCGGCCAAGGUCAAGGUCACACAUAGAGGUCAAAGUUCAGAUAAAAAUAUGAAGAUGUGUAUAUGGACCAUUUAGUCAUCAUUUAUUGAGGGAUUGUAACACAAAUGGUCAUUAUCAAGACUAUGGCUGUGAUACAUAUAAUUUAGGUCAAUAUAUACAAGGUCAAGGUCACUAUAGAUGAUGAAAUAUCCAGAUUUUGUAAAUAGAAUUUAAUCAAAGGGCAACAACAAAGUUAUUACUUUGUUCAUAAAUGACUUACACAAUUACUCCCCUUGAUCUACUUUCACUUUCAAUUCUAAAAAUAGAAUUUAAUCAAAGGGCAUAAAAUAAUCCUCUUUUCUUGGACUUGAGUAUGUUCUAAAGAAUGUAACAUUUAUUUACACAUGUUUCAUUCAUUGGUCAAGAUUCUUAACUGUGAUAACUAUGGUGUUCUGUAGCCUUGGUAUUUGUUCAGAAAGAUCAUACAGUAAUUACCUUAUCAAAUGUAAAUACUUUCUCAUAGAAAUUUAAUUAUAUUUUAAUUUUCAAGUAAAUAUCAGUUCAGCUCAUUCAAAGAUUAAGAAUUGUAAUGAAAUGUAUUUCCCUAGAAUAAAAUCUUAAAUCAGAAUUUUUUAGUUAUUAAAUUACAAUUACAUGUACUUUUUAUCUUCCCUACUGAUUUGUUUUAAGGUUCAUUUAACAACACAGUGCCAAGGAUAAAAACUUGCUUGCUAGAUAACACUUAUCCAUAAUGCCCCCAUCUGCAUCUAAAGCUUUCGUAAACGGGCGUAUUUUGUGACUAUGGCACCCUUGUUCAACUUAGAAUUUAUGUUAAAGUUUUUGUAAUACCUCAAAUAUUUUCAAAGUCCAUUGACAUAUGGCUUUGAAACUUUGCACACUUGUUCACCAUCAUGACACCAACCUGUAGACAGGAGGAGGUAACUGUAUCAAGCAUUUUGACAGAAUUAUGCCCCUUUUUCGACUUAGAAUUUACGUUAAAGUUUUUGUAAUAGUUCAAAUAUUUUCAAAGUCCAUUGACAUAUGGCUUUGAAACUUUGCACACUUGUUCACCAUCAUGACCCCAACCUGUAAACAGGAGUAGGUAAAUGUAUCAAGCAUUAUUUUUUACUAUCAAGCACUAGAAUAGUCGAGCGUUGCUGUCCUACCGACAGCUCUUGUUGGGCAUUCUAAUCUGAAUGGAGUUCCUUAAAGAUAUGGUUUUUAACAACAUUUAGGAUGGCCAUGUGUAUAUACUAAUAUUGGAUAUGAUAUGUAGGUGUUGACCACAUAUUACUUAUUUAUUGUUUACACAUAUGAGCCAGCAGUGUCUGUAAUAAUUGCACAUUUGUGAAUUUAGAUUUUUUCUUGCAUAUUGUUUAUUGCUUUCAAACAUAAAGAUAACGACUUGAGACUUAAAAGUAAUUGUGAUUUUACAGAAUGACUGAGGAUAUUAUAAAUGAGAGAUUGUGAGUAAACAUGGUCUAUUUACUUUCAUAUAUGUAAAUAUUGUUGUGGCUUGAAAUGUUUACCUUGCAUGAUGUUAUCGUAUUAUUUGGGGAAGAUUUGUAUUCAAUGGUACUUGAAUGUCUUAUUUUGGCUGUUUUAGAUCACUAACUGUUGUUUAAUGACCUCCGAGGAUGACUAUCGAUAAUUCACUUACUACUCAAGCUGACCACAUGCCAAUGACAGAAGAUCUAUUGUAUUGAGUGGAAUGGGGUUAUUUGAGGCGAUAUGGUCACUGACUUGAAAUUACUUACACUUACCUAAUCAUUAAAUGAUUGAUCAAAAAUGUUCUGCAGAUGCCAGAAAUUGUUAUGUUGUAAUAUAUAACUUAAGUUACAGUAAACUUCAAAUUCAAGGGAAGUGUUCCAAGUUCGGCAUUGAACUUUUGUUUAUAUGUUUUUUUAUAGUUAUCAGCAAGUAUUUCAGGAUAAGUAAUAAAGUCAGUGUCAGCUUCUCUAUACUAAUUGUAGUAAAAUUUUGCAUUUAUAUUUCAAAAUAUAAAGUUCAAUAUUCAUAAUAGUCCUACUAGUGCAAUUUUUAUAUCACAUUGUAAUAUUAGUUCCUUUAAGGAUUUAUGGUUUGAACAAAUGAUUUAUAACAAAGCUAAAUUUGUGAUUAUGACAUAUGCGGCAAAGUGUCAUAUUCGACAAACUGUUGUAUUUGACGAGAUGUCUUUCGACAAAAUGUUGUGCACCAAGUAAAGUGGAAGAGUAACUGAUUAGUAAAUUAUGUUGUAACUGUCACUAUUUUGUUAUGAACAGAUAAAUGAAAGAUAACAUUUAUAGAGUGGAGGUGUCUUAUAACUUCCUAAAGUUUUUUUACAUGCUUACUGAUUUCACAACUUGUUUUGCUCAAUUGAUAAACAGUAUCACUGUUGUUUGUUGCACUAUUUUUGAUACAUGCAAAGUAUAUUUAAACAUUCUCAUCUUAAUUUUAUGUGUUUGUUUGUGUUUCUGAAUGUUGGAAAAUUGUAUGUUUUGUUUUUUAAUUAAGAUUAGAAGACACUUAAUCAGUGAUGAUAUUCUGAAAAUAUUUUAUCACAAAUGAAAAAUUGUUAAAAUGGUGUAAAGCUAUGUCUGGUGAAAUAUGCCAGAACAAUAUUUCUAAAAUCUUAAUUUUCUUCAUGGUCAUAUUUUGAGAUAGUUUCAGUUAAAUAUGUGGUCACAUCUCAAGAUAGUUUCA